AACAGAACAAACUUGGAAAUCAGGGUCUCGUCUCGCCUCACCCCAUACCACUGGUUGCGGUGGUGAUUUGGCGGUGGUGGGAGGCAUUGCCCCACCAUGCACUUUGCCUGCAGGACGGUGUUCCUCUGUGAUGUUGCGGAGCACCGAGCACUCGAUGUUCACGAUCCAGACUUUCACCCGCAAAACAGACGGACACGCACGUCUCCCCUACAUUUGACAGCCUAAACUUUUGGUACAUUCGCCCUCCACUAUUGCUGUCAGCCUGCGCAGGCUUUCGAGCAGUUUUGUCCUGUGAUCUGUCCUAUUACGCGUCCGCCCUCGACCUUUUACACUGCACUUCCACAACAUCUGCAUUGCACACCUUUCAAGACAGACACAAUGGCGCAAUCUGGUGUUUCCGUCGCACCUGAGUGUGUUCAGGCCUUCAACGAGCUUAAGCUCGGCAAGUCCACCAAGUGGAUUAUCUUCAAGAUCUCCGACGACUGGAAGGAGAUUGUCGUGGAGGAGACUUCAAAGGAUGCCGAUUACUCCGUCUUCCGCGAGAAGCUACUAAACGCCAAGAGUAAGAACAAGCGCGGUGAGGAGGGCAUGGGUGGUCGCUACGCUGUAUACGAUGUGGACUAUGAAGCCGAAGGUGGAGCGGGCAAGCGCACUAAGAUUACUUUCAUCUCAUGGGUACCAGAUGAUGCGCCGCAAUACCCUCGCAUGAUGUACUCAACUUCCAAGGAGGCCCUUAAGCGCGCCCUCAACGGCAUUGCCGCUGAUAUUCAAGCCAACGACGCCGACGACAUUGAGCACGACAGCAUUGUACAGCGGGUGUCGAAGGGUCGUUAGGAGACAUCCCCUCAUGACCAUCACGAUCCGAAUCGCCACUAGAACAGCAUGUGAUCAUAUCCGUGCGCUCUCAUACAGUUACCAAUUUCGAAAUGUCCAGACGACAGUUCACUUAGGCUCUCAAUCGCAAGAUCUGACUGGUUGUACGAGGAUACCUAGCAAUGGAGGAAUUGAAGUCAUGGAAGUAUGAUACCACAACGAAAAGUUCCUACCACCGUCUCUUCGUGAAUGAAUUACGUUCUCUGCCUAGUUCGUCACGCCUGUACUUUCAAUUGUUUGCACGUGCUUCACGACUCGCGAAUGGACUGCAGUACAGUAUGCUGUUCAUGAAUCAUGUGCAGAACUAGAUCCAUCGUCAAUGAAAUCGAUUUUCAACCGCCCUGGGC